AUCAGUACUGUGUGAUUGAUUUCCAUAAUCCAGGCACAUCAUUGUCAUCCCAUCACUUUAAUCUGAGGUGCCAGGGUGUGUCUGAUAAUGCAGGAUUUUUCUGAGCACUGCUUCAAACCACUAAGGAAAGACCUAAAUUUUACAACUUCUUGUCCCCUCUUUCCAUGAGUGGGAGGGGCUUGAUGAAACAUCUCACUGCAGCUUGCUCAAAGUUAUAAAAGGGGCCCCAGAUUAGAUGAAAGUCCAGACAAGACAACUGUGAACAUAGUAAUAAGCUUAUCACAACACCAGUCUGCAGUAAGAAGAUUGUUCCUGCAGUCCGCACAGAGCAACAGCCCAGGAAUGAUGCUGCUAACACUCAAUGGUUUGUCUUUGCAUCAUCCGAAGAUGCUUCUCUUCUGUAUGAUCUUGCCUUUCAUCAUGGCUUAUGCUGAAGCUAGCGAAUGUCGGAAACAUCCCCAGCAAUAUGUCUGUGAUGCUGACUUUGUCAUCAAAGGCAAGAUUCUGUCCAGGACAUCAGCUCAAGACUGGCUCAACCCAAAAAUCUGUGUUGCCCGUUACAACGUCAACAUCACUGCAAUUUUCAAGGGCAUCCAAUUUGUAGCCACAGAGAAUCAAUACAUUCAUGGAAUCAGGGAGAGCUGCAAUGAGAAAGGUGGCCUCGACAUUGGAGACAAGUACAUCAUUACAGGAUACCAAAGUGAUAAUAAGCUAAAGUCUGGAGAUUGCCAGUGGAUUGUCAAAUGGAGCAGCCUGACCAAAUUACAGCAACAAGCUCUCAUCCACGAUGCCUACACGGAUAACUGUGACUACUGCCAGAUUUCAAGAUUUGCAUUCCGAGCAUUCAACAGUUUGCAGCGGCCCGAGGCUGUUGGUGAUACAUGCUCCUAUGACUUUUCAUCUGAAAAUGGUCAGAAACAACGCCAGAAAAUGAGCUGCCUUAGGCGUGGCACCAGUCAGAACUGCUCUUGGAUGCGAAACGAUUUAUAUGAAAAGUUCAGAAAUCUGCAUGCAUUGCCUGAAAUACUCAUCAACUAGUAGGCCAAGUUCUUCAGAAGAAAUAAAGCACAUUUUGGAGCAUCAAAAUGUUGAUAUGUGAACAAAUUGGCGACUGAAAUCACAAUACUGCUGCAUUAUGAUGCAUGAACACAUUCAUCUUUUUGUUACCCUUACAAACUAAAAAGUGCAUUCCACCCAUGUCUUUGUAUGUGCCCCUACCCAUAAGAAUGAAAAUGAACAUGCCUGCUUAUCUUUGAACAUUAGCUAACCGUCCUUCUGCUGUAACCAUCAAAAAUAGUCAAAAAUUCCUUCCACUUGAUUUGCCCUGGUACCCAGACACAUAUGGGAAAUUUGAAUGGUUUUGACUGAUAUGA